UCCCUGGGGGACAGAAUGCAACCCGGGAUCUAGAGAGCUGUCACAUUCCAAGAAAUAUUUAAAUUGUGCUGAUUUUCUUCUGGAGAACUGAGCCCAGGGAAUGAAACUCUCCAUCAAGUCAUAGCUUUGCGGGCAAUAGAUCAGAGGAUAUUGCCAGUUUUCUAAUGGAUUAUUGUUAUCGGGCAGGUUUUCUCUGAAGUUUCUCAGCUGCUGUUUCAUCCUUCUUGGAUGGGGACUGGAGAUCAGCCAGAUCAGUUGUAUGCACAAAGCUGCUUUGGAACUGUCUUUUCAAACGAGAGCUGCAGAAAACGUUAUAGCAAGGUUGAAGCUUAAUUCUACUCUGAUUUAUCCUGAAAACACAAGCCUGGUUUUACUUGAGAAGGGCCAUACCUACAGAAGCUAAACUGUCAGCUGCUUUCUUCUUCCUUACCUGCAUCACAAUGCUCCAUUCCAUAAUAGUAUUUGCAUUCUCCUGUUGAACUAUGCUAGCCCAUUUUGGAGUGACUGCUUUGGGAAUGAUGGAAAACACAAAUGAGCAUUUGAACUCGGAUUUUCAAGGGUUCUUCUAAUCCAGCUUUUAGAGCAUUUACAAAAUCUGCCCUUACUCUGCAAAAGACUGUCAUCUGGAGUAUUGGCUCAGAAGAGGAACUCAUCAAUGGAUCCACCAUCAGUUACACAGGAGUGAAGGAUGUUUAAAUUUCCUCAAAUGAAGCCGAUUUUUCAAAUGCUGGAUAAAAUGAGAUGCCUGCGAAAACGUUCUGUGGUAUCAUUCUUGGGAGUUCUUGUCAUUUUCCUUCUAUUUAUGAACUUGUACAUUGAGGAUACCUAUGUCCUGGAAGGAGACAAACAACUUAUAAGGGAAACAUCCACACAUCAACUAAAUUCAGAACGCUAUGUCCACACUUUUAAGGAUUUAUCCAAUUUCUCAGGAACUAUAAAUGUCACCUAUCGUUUCCUCACUGCCACAGCCUUACAAAGAAAACGAUAUCUUACAAUUGGACUUUCAUCAGUGAAACGAAAAAAAGGGAACUACUUACUGGAGACAAUCAGAUCGAUUUUUGAGCAAUCCAGCUAUGAAGAACUGCAAGAAAUUUCAGUAGUGGUCCAUCUAGCAGAUUUCAAUUCAUCUUGGCGUGAUAGCAUGGUCCAGGAUAUUACCCAGAAAUUUGCUCACCAUAUUAUUGCAGGAAGACUAAUGGUUAUACAUGCACCAGAGGAAUAUUACCCUAUCCUGGAUGGGCUAAAAAGAAAUUACAAUGAUCCAGAAGACAGAGUAAAGUUUCGUUCCAAGCAAAAUGUAGAUUAUGCUUUUCUGCUUAAUUUUUGUGCUAAUACUUCAGACUAUUACGUAAUGCUUGAAGAUGAUGUCCAGUGUUCAAAAAAUUUUUUAACUGCCAUCAAGAAAGUCGUUACAUCCUUAGAAGGAACUUACUGGGUAACUCUUGAGUUCUCGAAGCUGGGAUAUAUAGGUAAACUCUAUCACUCUCAUGAUCUCCCACGAUUAGCACAUUUUUUAUUAAUGUUCUAUCAAGAAAUGCCUUGUGAUUGGCUCUUGACCCAUUUCCGUGAUCUUUUGGCUCAGAAAAAUGUGAUCCGUUUUAAACCGUCUCUCUUUCAGCACAUGGGGUACUAUUCAUCAUACAAAGGAACUGAAAAUAAACUGAAGGAUGAUGAUUUUGAAGAGGAAUCAUUCGACAUUCCAGAUAAUCCUCCUGCAAAUCUAUAUACCAACAUGAAUGUGUUUGAAAAUUAUGAAGCACGCAAGGCAUACAGUAGUGUUGAUGAAUACUUUUGGGGGAAACCACCUUCAACUGGAGAUGUAUUUGUGAUUGUCUUUAAAACUCCAAUUGUAAUUAAAAAAAUUAAAGUUAACACUGGAACAGAAGAUCGACAAAAUGACAUUUUGCAUCAUGGAGACCUAGAUGUUGGGGAACAUGUUCAUACUACUAAAGAAACGAGACAGUGUGAUAAUUACUUAAGACUUGGAGAAUUCAAAAAUGGAAACUUUGAAAUGUCAGAUGUGAAUCAGAAAAUUCCAUUUGAUAUUGUUUGUAUGAGGAUACGUGUUACCAAAACACAAAAGGAAUGGCUGAUCAUCAGAAGUAUUAGCAUCUGGACAUCUUAGUCAAUUAAAUCGAUACAAUCAAUACCUGAA